ACGGUCGGGCAUAAAAAGAUACUUAUAGUAGAAAGUGAAACUUGUGUGAAUACGUUGUAAAUUAAAAUCGAAAACGAGAAAUACGCAUUACAAUGACUAUCGCCGAUAAUGAAUAUCCAAAAGCAUCGAAUGCUACGUUAAUUGGAGCCAGUAUCACAUAUGUGGCAGGGUUAUUUCUGCUACUCUCGUUUGCGGGUCCUUACUGGAUCGAGUCUUAUCCUGAAAUGUUCUCCUCCUUCAAACAUAUGGGAUUGUGGGAGUACUGCUUUGAUCAGUUCAGAUUUCCUUCUUACCAGUUCGACCAUUUGUUUCAUGGGUGUCACUACGUUUUUAGUCAAGAGUACUAUGUAAUCCGCGAAUGGCUAUUACCUGGCUGGCUGAUGGCUGUCCAGGCUUUUGUGACUCUUGCCCUAAUGCUGUCCUUCGCGUCACAGAUCUUACUUGCGUGUGUUAUAGUACGCUGGCCUCUGCGUACGGUGUUGAGAUAUGAAUGGAUCUUUGUCUCUAUAUCCUUUAUUAUGGUGGCUUUUGCAAGUGCAUAUUUGUUCUUGGCAGUGGCAGUAUUUGGAGGCAAUUGUUACCGCCGCGACUGGCUGCUCUAUCCUUCUUUCAACAUUUUGUCUUGGUCGUAUGCAUUUGCUGUUGUGGCCUUUAUUUUGUUUGGUGGAGCAGCAAUACUUCUAUAUUUGGAAUCUCGCAAACUGUACGAACUGCGUGCAGAGGCGAAGAACCUAGUGGCUCAAAUGCAGCAUAGUCAGCCCGAACACGCGUUGCAGCAGUUGAGGGAUCAGUUGCAGCAACAAAGGCAGUGGAAUUAAAUCUGGUAUCGUAUAAGUUCGCCCUUAGACGUUUAACGCGACUGCCACAUGCUGCCACAGCUGUUGUGAUGCUACAGUGUAGUCUGUCUUUUUUGAAGCUGCUUGCGAGCAGCUAGUGAUUGCAGUUGAUUAAUAUUCUAUCGACUAUCGACUGAAUGCUGAUCACGCUUAUGCAAUAAAUAGCCGAACUUGUUUUAUUUCAAUCAUCGUCGACUGAUAAUUUGUUCAUCUGCUGGGUACAGGUGCAUUGAAUUGUCAAAUUUUGUAAGUUCACCUGCAACCCUGCAAAUGUCAUUUUACCCCGUCUUCAAGAAAGCCAGACUAUAGUGUACUCUACUUUGGACGUACAAAACGGUUACAAGUGUAGGAGAUUAACAAAUCCAAGCAGAGGUCCAAUUUACAACAACAGUACGUCGCAGUCGUUUGAUACAUCUGAGAUUAUGACGCAUUUAGAUCGUAAUUAUUUUAAAUUGUGUUUAGGUUUUAAAAAUAAAUCUCAAGUCAAAUAAAAAAGACCGUUGAAUAUAAGCUAUGUAUGCUAUUGGUAUUGCCUUGAAUGACUAGGA